AUGGUUGCUUGGGGGCCUGCCUGCAAAAGAGAUCGGGGAAAGGAUGGCGAACUUGGGUACGAGAAACGACUCGGACAGGACACCGAGAAAACAUCCUCCGCUCAACUCAAGGUGAUCAUCCCGGAUAUUAAAUCAAAGGAUCUUGGUUUGGGUGGCUGACAUGUCUUUCUGUUUCCUUCCUCCUUCGUCCCUUGUGCAGAUCCUCGUUCAGGUCGACGAUCUUUCAUCGGCGCUGGUGUACACCCUCGGCAAUCACCAACGACGCCAACCCCGGCCGAACGUUCGACGUCCAGCCCCUUUCAUUCGUGCGUUGGCGCAUCAAGAAGUCUUUCGGCAGCGCAACACGGCCACGCUCGCAUCCGAAAGUGAGUGAGUGCUCCAAGUUUGCACACAAAGGUUUCUCAUCUCAAGACUGACCAUCAGUUCCCUCGCCCUGUCUUUAUUUCCGCCAGUAUUUGCCACGCGCGAUAUCAAAUUGCAAGCACUCUGCCGUUCUUCAAGAGAGAAGCCCAUCCGCUGUUGCAAAUCCUAGCAAUUGGCGUCAUUCGGAAGCGGAAAGCGUGACCUCGAGCACCAGUCGGCGGAAACCUUGCUCGCAAUGUCGAGACGGAAAGUUGAAGUUUGAUCUAGGUAAUGCAUGCUCGAAGUAG